CGCAUUUUCUCCUACUGUUGGUUCAUGCGCAUCCUCAGCUCGACUUGCCACCUAGGCUGCCAGAUACGUCAGCUUAAAGCGAAUGUUCGAGACACAGCUUAACUACGGCUUCACUCUCUGACCGAAGAUUUCACUGGCUUGAGGACGCUCCGGCGGGGUCUUUGAAUAGAUAUUCAGAGCCAACAGGUCGUUGGCCGGCUGGGCCACUUCGGACAACGUCAAACGUCGUGCUUGAGCACCACCGCAAGGCCCUAUCCAGUGCUUGAUCGGCUCUUUCUGUCUGGGUUUUCAACGUGCUACUCUUAGCUGCCCGUAAUUAUGGCCACUAUGGAUUUUGCGCGACUGCGCAACCAAGCUAUGAACGACGGCCAAGAUAGUGAAGUUACCGUGAAUACAAGAGCGCUCAUAGACAAAGUCUUGGCGCGCUACUCUUCCGAACACACGACGCUGAGAGAGCUGAUACAAAAUGCGUCCGACGCUGGAGCAAGCACUGUGGUCAUAAAAUACGAAACAGAUCCAUCACUAAAUGUCCCCGCGCCGCAAUCCUCCGAUAAGUCGGUACUGCUGAAGCACGUGAUUCAGCAUCACACGCUUAGGCGACUGACCGUUUCGAAUAAUGGACAACCAUUCUCGAACGCGGACUGGAGUCGACUAAAGAGCAUCGCGGACGGCAACCCAGAUGAAACAAAAAUUGGUGCAUUCGGGGUUGGAUUUUACAGUGUGUUUGCCGACUGCGAUGAACCUUUCGUUGUGUCUGGUAACAAAAUGAUGGCUUUCUACUGGAAAGGAAAUACGCUUUCGACGAAGGUCGCGGCUCUCAGUCCUGAACAAUCGUCAUCCGACACGACCUUUUCUCUGGAAUAUCGUCAAGCCAACCCUUCGUCGCCCUCCUACAAUCCCUCCAAGGCGCCCAACCUCCCCUCGCUUUGCCAGUUUCUCUCCACUAGCCUUACCUUUGUUGGACUUAGUUCGAUAGAGUUACACCUAGAUGGCCAUAAGAUUGCUUCUUUUGGAAAGAAAACGUCUCCACCUACGGACAUCCAAAUUCCCGCUGGCUUGAAUCCCAAAACCGAAGGCGGCCUCAUGACAGUAUCACGGGUAUCUCGACAGAGCUCACAGAUAGAUGCUGUAUGGAGCAAUGUUAUAGCUACUGCACAGAUUCCUGCUAGGCGCGUCGUUGAUGCGGUACCCGCGGAAAUAAAAAAUGCGGGCUCUUCGCUGAAGAGUUUCUUCUCAAAACUUUCGGGGACUACAAAUACGACAUCUAGGGCUGCAAGACCUCUUAUUCCCGUCGAAAAGCCUGUCACUUUUGGAGAGGAUAUCUCCGGUGACUCUCGUGCAGUAAUUUUCUUGCAAGUCUGUACCCUAGAGGCCGACACGCAUGUGACCCGUGGAUUCUCUGCCGAGAUUGAACGAGCUACCAAGAAGCCGCCACCAAAGAAGACAAGAGUUGCGCUACUGACCUCUCCUUUCCAAGAGAAACUGGAAUCGCUUUCAACGGUGUCCGGAACUACAUCCGACCUCUCGGCAAAAAUCUUCGGUGACAUUCUUCCCACGAAUGCUGGCCGAAUAUUUAUUGGAUUUCCAACCGCUCAAACCACCGGGAUUUUGGCACAUAUUUCUGCGCCUUCCUUGAUUCCCACCGUGGAGCGGGAAAGCAUCGAUCUCAAUGCUCGUUACAUAAGUAACUGGAAUUAUGAGCUCUUGAGGGUCGCCGGAUUGGCCUCCCGGAUUUCCUACGUGUUGGAUAUAUCCGAGAUUAAAGCUAAGACAGCAAACGACGGUACUAGGGUAUCUUCUUUGAUUCCGAAGGCAGCCUACGUGCUGCAGCAGUAUAGUUCCAGUCUUUCAGCUCCGUCAGGACUGGUCGGACAAACGAUUGAAGAUGCCUUCUGGUCUUGCAGCAAGGAGCGUUCUAUCGAUAUACUAUCCUCGAAAGGUGUUUUGCCGAGCAAAUCCGUUCGAAUGCCUGCUGAGACUUUGAGUUUCUUAGGUGAAGUUCCAAUGGUUCCACAAGAAUUAGCAACAGGAGCCAUGGCGUUUAUGCUUAGCCUCCACAAUCGCGGCUUCAUCUCCGAUUUGACGAUGGAGGAUAUCAGAAAGGGCCUUGAAGCACGUGCGUUGACCGACAUAGAGCUCAUGGAGUUCCUCAAAUGGUGCAGUAGCAAACUCGACUCUGGAGAACUGGAUCCACCCAGUGUGCGUAAUCUCUUUGCUGUCACAGUUGCUGCUUUACAGGAUAACAGCGCCGAUGCUGGGUCUGGCACAAUCCUUCAACUUUCCACUGUUGAGAGCUACGUCAACUCCUCGCGAAUCAAUCCAACUUUGCCAAUUCCAUCGUGGACAAUGCCGUUCAAAUUCACGAACUCGAUCCCUGUCAAGCAACUGCAGAUGUUUGGGUGGCAAGAACUGUCUAUCGUGGGCUGGUUGCGAUUCAUGACUAGCGGGAACAAUCUCACCAAUUUUCUAGCAUCCGAAAGCCUGGCUACUCAGACUCUUACACUGAUUUCCAAGGGCUGGGAUCAGAUAGAUGCAAGUUCGAAGGAGGCCGUGCGAAACAUUCUCGCCCCCCACCCAGUUUUGCCAACCAAAAUGGGAAUGAGGCGUCCAGAGGAGGCCUAUUUCACAACGGUCAAACUUUUUGACAACCUCCCAACAGUCAAGCCAUUUCCAGGAGUAAAGGAUAAGUUUCUGCUGGCUCUUGGAGUACGUAAGACGAUCGAGCUAUCCGUUGUGUUCGAGCGAAUGAAGGCGCCCCAAGGCGGCCAAGAUUCUAAGGUUAGCUGGAGCCAUAUGGAGCUCAUUCGCUAUUUCGCCUCCGUGCUACAAGAAAUUCCACCGAAAGACUUGGAGCGCCUACGAGAGACGCCUUUUCUCCCUGGGAUUGGUUCUGCAUCGAAGCCAGAUCAGCUCUACAAGGCCAGAGAUCUGUAUGCUCCCGCUCCUUCUAUCGGUGCCCUUGGCUUAACACAAAUCAAACUACCUCAAGAGCUCCAAUCCCAGCCUCGCGAAAAGAAGUUCCUUCUCGCCCUUGGGCUAAUGGAAUAUCCAUCCGCUUUCACCAUAAUCAAAAUCAUGGAAGGGGCGGGCCAAGCCAACAAUCGCCAUCUUUACGAUCUUUCUUUGAUAUACUUCUUGCAAAACUACUUUGUAAAUGGAUAUGAGAAGGACAAGGCAAAGAUAUCCACCCUCAAGAUUCCUUUCCUCCCAACUGAGCAAGUCGACUUCCCAACUCUCGUGGCGCCGUUUCAGUGCUACAGCAAUGAGACUGCCCGUUGUUUUGGUUAUGCAAUCAUCCGGGCCGAUCUUUUCACACAUACGGACAAAUUUGGGCUACAGCGGGACCCUCCGAUCAAGGAUGUCGUGCAGAAGCUGUUGUCGCAGCCUGUCAAGAGCAAGAUGGAGGCCGAGGUCAAAUUUUCAUACAUGGCUAGCAGAUUAGGGGAUCUGGAUUUCACCAAACCCCUGUUGACAAGCUUGAGUAGCGCCAAGCUCGUUCCUAUCUUCAGGAAGUACCAUGCUACCGGAGGAUUCGAUGGGUUUAAAGAGAAACAAGCCGGAGUAUCGGAGAUGCGGAUACAUCACUACGUGUCCCCAGACUCGGUGUUCCUCGGCAUGGAUCAGGAGUAUCGCGACCUGAUCGAGUACGUUCAGUACGGACCGGAAGCAACGACUUUUCUUCUGAAAGCCGGCGCCAAGCAUGAACCUUCCAUCUCCGAGCUCGCGAGGCUUCUGGCUGAGAAUCCGCCCAAGUUUCUUAGUACUAUGGGACAUGAAAAGUACCUUGGCUUGUUGAGGAAGCUUGCGGAGCAGGCUCCCCAGCUUUGGAAAGACAAAUCAUUAGCAGAUACACUCCGGAAAUCCAAGAUCCUACUUGGCUACAAGGAUAUCAAGACCGAAUCGAAGAAAGAGUAUACCGAUGAUGAUACUUAUGACGAUGACGACGUUGCGGGUCUGCGUGAAUGGCUAUUAGUCGGCGGCAGCGAGGUUACAAUAAUAGACGAAGUACAUUGGUAUUCAAAAUUCCGGGACUAUCUCAUCGCAGCGCCACAAGAGGAGGUUUUGGAAACUUUCUAUGAGAAGUUUGGUGCCAAGAAAAUCUCGGACCAAGUGAAAGAGGAACCGCGAAUCGGAAAUCCUCUACGCGACCAAAAGUCUGCCUUGAAGCUGCAAGAAGCCAUCUUCGAGCGAAGUAGGCUCUUCCUCCACGAAUACGAGAGGGAUGCAUCUUCUCAUGUGGUACGGCAUGACGCGAAGUGGCUCACCUCGAAUCUAAGGGUGGAGCUUGUCUCGGACAUUGCAAUACGCGUCUCGCUCCUAGACCACAACGUUGCCUAUUCCCAGCGACGUACUGCUUUCAUCCGCCGUGUUGGCAGGCAUCAGCGCAUACUCUCCAUCGUUCAGAAGUACGACCACUAUGACGUUAGCAGUCAGCUUAUCCCGCUUUUGAUUAAGCGUCCGAAGCAAAACGAUGUAAUCGCACUGGAGCAGAUCCUGACCGAGCCUCUUCGACGACUUCAACAGAAAGGAAUCAAUGUAGAGAGGAUCCUUCGCAAGCAGGAGUACGAGGCGCGCAUAGCGCAGCAACAGGAACUAAAACGCCAAGGCGAAGAGAACGCUCGAAGGGCAGAGGAGCUAAAGAGGAACCCAAUUCCGGAACAGCCCGCCAACGGUCACGUCAAGGAACCAUCUCAAAAGGAGUCGUCUCGCAACGAGCUAUCUCGCAAUGAGCCAGAAUCCCCAGAUCUGGCGCCAAACAUGCCCGGUGCCUUCGGCAGCCCCGAACAACCUCAAACCCCGGCUCCUCUAAACAGAAACCAACCAGCCCACAAGAACCUUUUCAACAAGUUCGCCAAAACCCUCGGCUUCGAACAAGACAAGCGGCCCUCCUCCACCAACCCUCCCCAGAUCUCAAAGGACCUCCAAGCCACCAAGAAGAACAUCCAAAACGCCAUCAGCGAGUGCCGCCCCGCCGGCCGCGACGUAAUCGACUCCAAGCACCACGCCGACGCGACCGAGCUGGACAAAGGCGGCUACUGCAAUGACGAGCAGGCGGAGAACAUCGCGAAAGCGUACUCUGUCCCCAUCGACGGCGUCAGCGUAGAUGUGUACUUUGGGAAAUUCGAGACCGAGACACCGAGGGAUAUCGAGGCGCCGCUUUCCGCCUUCUUGCCCCUCAUCCUCGCUCUCACCAAAAUCUUCGGCGUCGAUCCGUCGGCUAUCAACAUUUUCUUUGACAGCAAGUCGAACACGGUCGCUUUCAACCUCUCGGGUUCGCUCUUCUUCAAUUUGGCGUGGUUUAUGGAACUGCAUUGUGCGGAGUGGGGAACUGAGGCGGGGAAGAACAGGGCGUGGGAUGCGUGGUACCUGACGUAUUGUCAUGAGCUGGCGCAUAACCUGGUUAAGGAUCACAACGCGAGGCAUCAGUGGUAUCAGCAGCAGAUUGCGGUCGAGUUUGCGAGGGGGUUUAGGGCGAGGUUGGGCGCGUAUCUAGGGGGAGGGAAGGCGCAGGCGAGUUUGCUUGAUUAGAGGUGUGUGUGACUUAGCUGUUGAUUAGAUGGGUGAAAGAGGGUCUUUGCUCUUAUGCUUGGGUGGGCGAUAGGCUUGGAUAGGUGUGCAUGCUUGGGAAGGUGGUUUCGUUGUGAUUAUAGGACCUGGCAUUGGGCUUAGAUGUUAGAGAAGUAGAUGAGAGCGCAUGGUGAUAUUCUGCUCAAACCCUAGUAUAUCUUUCUACUUUCUUGCAGCCUUUUAGAGCCUAG